AUGGACCGCAUCGGAAAGAUCGUCUUCUAUGAGGACAAAAACUUCCAGGGUCGCCACUUUGAAUGUUGUAGCGAUUGCCCUGAGCUGAGUUCACACUUUAGCCGCUGCAACUCCAUCCGUGUGGAGAAUGGAAACUGGGUGUUGUACGAGAGGCCCAACUACCUGGGCUCUCAGUACAUUUUGACCAGGGGGGAGUACCCCGACUACCAGCGCUGGAUGGGCUACAAUGACAGCAUCAGGUCCUGCCGCGUCAUCCGCAACACCUCUGGCAUGUUCAGGAUCCGCCUCUACGAGCAUCCUGACUUUGCAGGUCAGAUGAUGGAGUUCAGCGAAGACAACCCUAACCUCCCAGAGCACUGGCGUCACCCCGAGGUGCACUCCUGCAAAGUGAUGGAUGGCGCCUGGGUGUUCUACGAGCACCCCAACUACCGCGGCCACCAGCACCUACUGGAGAGGGGCGAGUACCGCCACUUCACCGACUGGAGGUCCAACGUGGGGUCCAUCCGCCGCGUUCAGAACAUUUAG